AUGGAAAAUCGAGCAAAAGAAGAAUUAUCUAUUGGAAUAUCUACUUGUGCUCAUCUUGUACUACCAGGUACAUCAAAAAGAAUUUUAAAUGGUCUUGUAUCAAAACGAACAAGAUAUCAUGGAAAAAUUCGAAAUGAUUUAUCUGCAAGAUAUAAACGUAUUCUUAGCCCAUCUGAUUAUGAACUGAAUAAACGUGAUGCAUCUGAACGUAAAGAUAGUUUUACUGAUGAUACUCGAUUAAGUUUCAGUAGUAGUAAUGCUCAUAAAAAAUCGAAUGCUGACGGAUCAAUGAAAUCAUUAUCUUCUAAAAGAGAAAAAAAAGAAGCAAUUAUUUGGGGACCCACUGGUGUUGAACCAUGGAGUGCAUCAAUGAUUACUGGUAUUGAUUGGAAAUCUUUAACUAUUCCAGCAUCACUUCCAACAACAUUUGAUGUUGUACCAUCUGCUGAAGAAUUAAAUCGUGAUUAUACACAUAAUUCAUAUACAUUAAUUCAUGCUUUACCACCACAAGAUGAAUAUGAUCGAAAGAUAAAACAUAUGUUUAAUGCAAGUAAUAAUCAUGAAAAAUCAACUCCAUGUGAUAAUAUGGAACGUCAAAAAAUAACUUUUGAUGAAUUAAUUGAUCAACGAUUAUCACAAGGUUUUCAAAUGAUUGUUGAUACUCCUGCACAUAUUCAUCAAAAAAUGAUUGAUUCAAUUCGACGAGCUGGUUGUAAAGAAACUGAAUAUAAUCGUUUAUUAAGUAUUGGUAGAAUAUAUCAUACAUUAAGUCUUGUAACAGAAGAAAGUCAAUCACAAGAUACAGUUGUUAUUUAUGUACAACAACAUAAACCUCAAUAUGUUUUUCAACCUAAAUCUGUUAUGUAUAAAUAUCGUUUUCAAUGUCCAGAUUCUUCAGAUUAUGAUUUAGCAUAUUAUGAAUUACAACUGGAUAGUUUAGAAUCAUUUCCAUGGAAUUCAGUUGAUAAUGUUGUUGGAAAUCAUGGUACAGGUGAUCAUAAAUUAUCCGAUUUAAUAAAAUAUUGGCAUACACGUCUUGUUCUUAUGCCUGUAUCAAAAGAUUAUACAAUUCGAAAUAUUGAAUCUGGUCAAACAAAAUGUGAUAGUCGUGAAGAAAUGUCCCAUGAAGAUUUUUUUCUUUAUGUUGAACAUUUUGUUCGAUUUUUAUUUAUGUUUAAUAAACUUAAUCGAAAAAAUUUUGUUUUGUUUUUAUUUUCGCCUCUUGAUCCAUUAACAGGUAAAAAACGAAUUGAACCUCCUAAACGUCAAGGAAAAACUUUAAUUACAAUUGAAACAUUUAAAUUAGCUGAUAUAAUGUCUGGUGAUAAAGAUGCAAUAAAUAAUUUAUUAAAUUUAUUUCGAGAUGAUCAACAAGGUCUAUUAUUUGUUAAAGAUUCUGUAUUACCAGAACAUACUUUCAUUGCAAUUGAAGCUAUUUGGUGGUCAAUUGAGCAUUUUGAAGAUAUAGAAAAUGAACAAACAGCUUUAGAUUUAUUUCAAUUUUUAUUUACUGAAGGACAUAUUCGACACUGUACAAAUAUCGAAACAAGUUUUCGUUUUGGAUUUUUUCUCUAUUAUAUUGUAACAGAAAGAACACAAACUUUUUCUCUUGAUUUAAAUGAUUAUGUUGAAGUUGAAUUUCAUCAAACUCAAACAUAUAUUCCAUCAAUGGAUUAUUUAGGUUUUGGUGAAUGUAAACCAAUGCGUUUAUUACCAAAGCUAAUUGAUAAUCCACAAGUAAAAGUUCGAAGAGAAAGAUUUAAGAUGAACGAUGUUAAUUUAUCUUCAAUAUCAAAUAUAAAUAAUGAAAAUUUAGAAGAAGAAGUAUCGAUUGUUCUUAAACGUGAUUGUAAUGUUGAUGUUGAUCCAAAACAUAUAUCAGAUAGACGUGAAUGGGCAACAGCACAUUAUCAUUCAUUCUAUAAUCCACAUUGUUUAUUUGAACUUGAAAUUCGAUGGCUUGUAGCAACAUCAUGUAUACUUGGAGAUUUAAUUACACAAUGGUCACAACGUACAGGAACAAUACUUGGUUCAAAUCAAGUUGCAUUUCAUCUUGUACCAAUUCCAUGUGAUCCAUUUGCUGAAUUUGAUGCACUUAGAGGUCCAAUUUAUAUAAAAAUAAAUUCCUUAUGUCCUCGUGAUAAACUUGCGAAUCUCCCUGAUAAAGAUCAAAUUCUUCGAAUAAAUAUCUUUCAAGAACUUAUACUAAAACGUUAUGGUUUUAUUUUAAAUGCUUGUGUCAGUUAUAAAAAUGAAAAGAUUUAUUAUGUUCAUAUUAGUGGCAGUAUGUUAGUUUAUAUAAUAUCAAAUGUUUAUAAUGUUCAUUAUAGUAAUCGACCAACACGUGUUGUAUCAACAGGAAUAACUUCAGAUGAUCAAUUAUCUCCCCUUGAUUAUAGAUUUUAUUGGUGUUGGAAUUUUUGUUUAGGAAAAAAAUGGCAAAGUUCUCAAACAGGUGAAGAAAAAUAUCAAGAUAUUAUGUUAGUUGAUUUUUGA